CCAUGUGCCGUUCGUUUGGCCACCAGCCAGUCCCCACUGCUCAGCUGGCUGGUGGAGCAUUCAGCGCUGGCCCCUGCAGCUCCUACGGUGGCCGGCAAGGGGGUAAAGUCAUGCAUCGUUUGUUUGGCCGCCAGUCAGUUCCCACUGCUCAGCUGGCUGGCGGAGCGUUCGGCACCAGCCCCUGCAGCUCCUAUGGUGGCAGGCGAGGGGGUAAGGUCAUGCGUUGUUUGCUUGGUCGCCAGCCAGUUUCCGCUGGUCAGCUGGCUGGCGGAGCACUCGGCGCCGGCUCCUGCGGCUCCUACAGUGGCUGGCAGGGAGAUUAUUUCCCUUGCAAAUCUUGGAAUCAUUCAGAAGAAAGUGAUUGUAUAGGGCAGAAGAGAAUUUCAGUUGCAGGGGCCUUCCGGAAAGACCUUUGCUGCAAGCCAGAGCUCCAUUCUCAGCUGCAAAAUGAAGUUGCUCCUUCGGCCCCAGAAGGCUGGGCGGAUGGGACUGUUGGUGCCGGAGACCUCUGAAAAUCAUAAAGGUUUCUUUCUUAGAUCACCUUGGAAGUAUCUUUCUUUUCUCAAGGAGAUUUGUAAAGUGGGGAAAAUUCUUAGGUCCAUAAACUGUCAGAAAGAGAAAAAUUGAUGAAUGUCACCUUGGAGGACAAGAAAAGCUGACCCAACUUUUCAGGUGGAGAGUGCCUAUAAUUAUUUACAUUACCAUCUGUAUCAAUCUGACACCUCACAUUUCAGGUAGUAGGAACUAUCAUUUGAAUUCUGUCUCAAAAAGAGGUUUCUUAAUUUUUUUAGAUAGCCUAUCUCCCUGGAGUGUGUCCCAGGAAUUGUAAGAUUUUUCAGGGUGCCCCUUUGCAUGACAGCAUGAGCGAGUCCACCCUUGGAGAGAAAAAAAUUGAAAUAUCUCCUUUAAAAGAUAAUGGACACAUUUGCCUGCAGAGCUCUUUAAUGGAAUAAGAAAGUGGGGAGGAGAGAAUGAGUGGAAUAUCUGGAUCUGCAGCAUCAGAAUCUCUCAUGGUUUCUGCCCAUCCAAUAAGACUGGUCAGAAUCAAUGCACUGCAGGUCACAUCUAUUAAAGAAUAUCAUCUACUUAGACCCCAAAAAUGUGCCUUCUCUAUCAUAGCGCCUGCCACCUGGAAUAGGAUUUCUGCACACCCCAAAUCAGAUUUACAUGGCUCCUAUCCUAA